AUAGUCUGUACAUUGGUGCAAAUUAGAGCUAACAAAACAUCAAAACACCACCACACAAAAAAACACUUUCCUGCAAUUUUUUAUCUUAUCAAUCGCAAAAAUCAAAUUUAUUUCUACUUGUUAUGCUAUUGCGAAAAAUUUUCAACUUUCAGUCAACGAAAUCUUCGAAUCAAUUCACUUUUUUGGAAUUUUCAAUAACUUCACGUUUCAGUACAAUAGCUAAAUCAUCUUCCAAGAUGACUGAUUGGCAAUCUGAAAAAGAGAAGUUCCUCAACAUGGAUACCAAAUCGAAGCUGAACGUCAAAGACGCCAAGAUUAAGGUAUCCCAAAGUAUUGAUGAAAUUCCAACUUGGCGAGAAUAUUACAAAUCGAACGAGUCAAGAUUGAAGAACUUAUUUGAAAAAAGCGGAGCUGCGAAAGAAUUCGACGAAUCAGCUUCCCAUUUCCCGGAAGGAUGCGAUAAAGUAGCUCUUUGGCAAGGAGAUAUCACAACGUUGGAAAUCGAUGCCAUAGUCAACGCAGCUAAUAACGCUUUAUUGGGUGGAGGAGGAGUUGAUGGAGCUAUCCAUAGAGCCGCAGGACCCUUCCUUAAGCAAGAAUGUACCACACUAGGAGGUUGUUCUACAGGUGACGCUAAAAUAACCGGAGGUUAUCGGUUACCAGCUAAAUAUGUGAUUCACACCGUUGGUCCUCGUGGUGAAAAGCCAGAUUUAUUAGAAUCGUGUUACAAGAAAAGUUUGACUGUCUUGGAAGAAAAUGAUCUGCGUACCGUCGCUUUCCCUUGUAUUUCUACCGGAAUAUACGGUUACCCUAAUGAAAAAGCAGCCCACGUUGUGUUACGAACAGUCAGACAAUACUUACAAAAGAAUCACGAAAAAGUGAACAAAAUCAUCUUCGUUUGUUUCUUGUAUCAAGAUAUAGAAAUUUACGAGAAGCUUUUGCAGCUAUAUUUCCCUCUUGAAACUCCAUCGGCGUAAUAUUAUUAUUCCUAAGACUGCGAUUUGUCUCUAAAUUAUAAUCAAUACACUAUUUUUUCAAUUUU